AUGGGAAAGAAGAAGGCAACUAUGAUCUUCAAGGGGUCUUUAAAGACUCACUGGAUUAGAUAUAUUACCAACAUAAAAAUGGACGUGAAUCCAGCUCAUUAAACAGCAAUGAAGGAAUCUAUGCAAAUGCUCAGACUAUUAAACACGAUAUCUUCAAAAUACAUUCAACCAGGAUUUGAUUAUAAAAUGAAUAUUAGAGGAGACCUUUCUUACUAUUCACCUUCGAUUUUGCACUUAAAGUUUGUUAAUGGAUAUGAGAGAAAGUAUCAUCUUCAAGAUUCAUUAUUUGGAGCCAUUUUAUAAGAGAUCAACUAUAUCAAUCAUACGGUAGAGUAUGAAAGAUCAAUGAAUGGACAAGAUGAUGAACUUGAUGAUGAGGCUUGA